CAUAAUGGCACUACCGUAAUUGUCUGAUGCACACCGUAGGGCAAACCAAAUCCACGUAUCCACGAAACCAACUGCUGAAUUUUUGGUCUUGUACAAGUAUUUUGCGACAACCGUAACUCACUUCUUGUAUUUCUAAAAGCUAGUCCGUACAGAGGUUUCUGUUAAUCUAAAAUGGACUGGGGGGCGCUCGACGAAGAAAGCUGCAACUGCGACGAAAGCCCGAGCCACAAGAACCGUGAUACUAAAGACUACUUUUCAACCAGCAGUGAAAGAAGAGUUUCCGGUCCAGGGAACAGUCAAUUGUCGAAACAGACGUCUGGCCAAGCUUGCGCCGAUUCGAAGCUGAAAAAGCAGCCCAAGCAGACAGGGAAAUGGAAGAAGCCCCCCGGGAUGCCCAAGCGGCCGCUUUCUGCGUAUAAUUUGUUUUUUGCACACGAAAGGAAGCAGCUUAUUGCCUGUGGCGUCCUUGCCAGUGGCAGACAGAAGAAGCAUUAUACAAAGCAAUCGACGACUUUACGUAGACCUCCCCGAAAAAUGGGAUUUGCAGGGCUAGCGCGAGCGGUUGCAGCCAAAUGGAAGAUGAUUGAUGAUAGUACCCGGCAUACCUUCAAUCAACAGGCAGAAUGUGAGCAAGCAAAAUACAAAAUAGCAAUCAAACAGUGGAACAGCCAGCAUCUAGAUUUGUCAGAAACGAACGUAGUCAAUCAUGUUGGGCAAGAUAGAGCCACGUGCAGCGAAUAUGACUUCAGCAGCAAUCCGCUCCUCCAUACUCCGAAAGAAGGACAAGCAACAAAAGGAAAGAGUCUUCCAAUUCCCACUGUGUAUGUCGCAAGGCCAGGAAAUGGUACUGUUGGGUGUAAUGUUCAUCAAAGUGAAGACACCCUUCCGCAUGGUUUACAAGAAAGUCGCGUAGUGGAUCGGGCUCGUUCCACAGAGAGAUGGUACAGCGGGGCACAACCUAGUGGAUUUGUUAGCCUUCCUUUCACUCAUGAGCAGUCCUCUACAAACCGAGUCUGCAAUAAGCGAGCCACGUCCCUAGGACAAGCUGCCGGCGUUGUUCCACCGCGUAUUAUGCCGCCAAUUCUUCAACAUGACGACUUCAAAAUGGUGCCGCAAUCCCGCAAGAAUCGCUCGUCGACACAACGAGAACAACACAUAGCAAUGGGCCGUUAUGGGUCUGCUCAUGCAUCAGGGAGUCAAAGCCGUAGUAAAAUGGAGCCCGCAAAAGGCUUCUGUAGACAUGAUGAAAAGGUGGAGUCAAAGCAUCUCAUAAAAGUACUGUCAUCUUCCGGAAGUGAAUUUCCGACGAAAGGAGCAAGAUCUAUAUUGUCAGCAAAAGGCAGGUCGUUUCGCCAAUUAAUAUUUGAUUUGGAUGAUGAUGAAGUAGAUCUGCUGCGGGAACUGGCUAAAAAUCCCUAA